CUCUCUCUCUCUCUCUCUCUCUUAUUUCCUUGUACCAUACCAUACACAAAAAACACCUUAUUUCCUUACCUCUCUCUCUCUCUCUCUCUCUCUCUUUUUAGCUAAACCAAAAAACAAAACAAAAAAAAAAAAAACAAAAAAAAUGGAUGGAAGUUGCAUAGACGAAAGCACAACAAGUGACUCUAUAUCCAUUUCCCCAGCCACAACUCAAUCACCUUUCCCUUCACCUACCAAUAUUACAAAGUCCCCUGAGAGUCUAUGCCGAGUUGGAAGUGGCACAACCAGCACAUUAAUCUUAGACUCUGAAAGUGGCAUAGAAGCUGAGUCCAGAAAGCUCCCAUCUUCCAAAUACAAAGGUGUGGUGCCACAACCAAACGGUCGCUGGGGUGCCCAGAUUUACGAGAAGCAUCAACGCGUCUGGUUAGGCACUUUCAACGAAGAAGACGAAGCCGCAAAAGCUUAUGACAUCGCGGCCCAACGCUUUCGUGGCCGAGAUGCUGUGACUAACUUCAAGCCCUGUGGUACUACUGAUCAUCAUCAUCAAGGGGAUGACAUAGAGACUCUGUUCUUGAAUUCUCAUUCCAAGGCUGAGAUUGUGGACAUGUUGAGGAAACACACGUACAACGAUGAAUUGGAACAAAGCAAGCGUAACUAUGGUUUGGAUAGUACAAGGAGAUCAAAGGGUGAGAGUUUAGGACAAGGGUUAUUAGAGAGAGUGAAUUAUUCAAUGAAAGCGCGUGAACAGCUUUUUGAGAAAGCUGUGACUCCAAGCGAUGUGGGAAAGUUGAACCGGCUUGUGAUACCAAAACAACAUGCUGAAAAGCACUUUCCUUUACAAAACAGUGGAAGCAAUUCUACAACUAGUUCAAAAGGUUUGCUUUUGAAUUUUGAAGAUGUUGGAGGCAAAGUGUGGAGGUUCAGGUAUUCGUAUUGGAAUAGUAGCCAGAGUUAUGUGCUUACAAAGGGUUGGAGCCGGUUUGUGAAAGAGAAGAAUCUCAAAGCCGGUGACAUUGUUAGUUUUCACCGCUCAACCGGUCCUGAUAAUCAGCUUUUUAUUGAAUGGAAGGCAAGAGCCGGGUCUUCAUCAUCAUCAUCGAACCCGGUUCAGAUGGUUAGGCUAUUUGGGGUCAACAUUUUGAAAAUUCCAGGAGUUGGGGUUGUAGAGAGUAGUAAUAAUUGUAAUAUUGGUGGUUGUAAUGGUGGGAAGAGAAUGAUAGAGAUGGAGCUUUUGGCAUUAGAGUGUAGUAAGAAGCAAAGGAUAGUUGGAGCUUUGUAACAUUAAGUUAAUUUUCUUUCUUUC